AUGCCUGUCGAGUCUAGAAAAGCCGACCGUGUCGAUGCCUACACCAAAAAAUACUGGCAAAAGGAUGCUGCAAAGGACAACGAUGCGCACAGGGAUAGCAGGUUGGGCGACUAUGCUGAGCUUGUAAACGGAUACUAUGAUGGAGCCACUGAGCUGUAUGAAUAUGGCUGGGCGGAAUCCUUCCACUUCUGCCGAUUCUACAAGGGCGAAGCCUUUUUGCAAGCGCUCGCCCGUCAUGAACAUUAUCUGGCGCACAUGAUGCACUUGAAGCCUGGCAUGCGAGUUUUGGACGUUGGCUGUGGGGUCGGGGGUCCUGCGAGGGAGAUUGCGCGAUUCUCCGACGCCAACAUUGUUGGAGUCAACAACAAUGACUUUCAACUGGAACGCGCUCGCAAGAAGACUGCUAAAGCCGGAUUGAGCGACAAAGUCUCGUUCGUCAAAGCAGACUUCAUGACCCUCAGUCAACAAUUUGGCGAAAACAGCUUCGAUGCCAUUUAUGCUAUCGAGGCUACAUGUCACGCUCCGACCUUUGAGGGAAUCUAUGGUGAGAUCCUCAAGUGUCUGAAGCCUGGCGGUGUGUUCGGAGUGUAUGAAUGGUGCAUGACCGAUGCCUUUGAUCCUUCUAUCCCCAGACACAAGGAAAUCCAACAUGGAAUUGAGCUUGGAGAUGGUAUCGCAGAAAUGAGAACCAUCGAAGCCGCUCGGAAGGCUUUGAAAUCCGUGGGCUUCGAGCUUCUGCACGAGGAAGACCUCGCUGACCGAGAGGACGCUGUCAAGUGGUAUUAUCCCCUCGAAGGUAACCCCCUGAAAGCUCAGACAACAUGGGAUAUGUUCACUGUCUUCCGCAUGUCUCGCGUCGGACGUUUCUUCACUCAAAACAUGCUCUGGGGUAUCGAAAAGGUCGGCUUUGUUCCCAAGGGUACAUACGAUGUCGGAGAGAGUUUGAUCAAGGCACAAGCUGCCUUGGUUGCUGGAGGGCAGACAAAGCUCUUCACCCCUAUGAUGCUUUGGGUUUGCCGAAAGCCAAAGGCUUGA